CAGUGGUUUGUUGGUGACACUAGGCAGAACCGCUCCAGCGUUACCACCACUUCUGGCUUCUCGUCGUACUGGGACGUUGGGAUUUUUGACACUGUCAGAAGAACAUCUUGGACUUUCUCCUUUGAUUGCUUGACAAAUCACCCGUUCAGCAGGGUCUCUGCGCAUCAUCACGAUGAAGCUGCUUUCCAUCGCCCUGAUGCUCCUGUGUUCACUCGCCUUCCUAGGCGCGGACACCGUGCGGCUCGACGUCGCGUCGGAGUUCCGAAAGAAAUGGAAUAAGUGGGCGCUAAGUCGUGGGAAGAGGGAACUGCCAGUAUCCAGCAACCCCACCGGGCUCGCUGACCUGAAGGCCGGGCCUGUCCAGGCUCUGGUCCUGCCGCAGGAUGUGAAGGGAGCAUCUGGCAGCCUCCAAGCCAGCAGUGCGGACACCUCCCGCAUCCGAGUCAAGCGCUACCGCCAGAUGAAGAACAACUUUCAGGGCUCGCGCAGCCCGGGCUGCCGCUUCGGGACCUGCACAGUGCAGAAGUUGGCUCACCAGAUCUACCAAUUCACAGACAAGGACAAAGACGGCGUCGCCCCCAGGAACAAGAUCAGUCCCCAAGGCUAUGGCCGCAGGCGCCGGCGUGCCCUGCCCGAGGCCCUCCAGGCUCGGACUCUGGUGUCUUCCCAGCCGCAGACACUGGCCGCCCGGAGUUCUGGCCAAACUCCUUAGGAUGAAGUGCCCGUGGCAGCAUUGAACAGUCGCACUAGAGUCCGGCUGGUGCCCGCGGAAUCAGAGUGCUUCGCACUGGUCUGAGCCACUACCUUGCCCACCCACAAACUGAUUUCUCACGGGGGUCUCCCCCCACCGGGGCGUAAGCCUCAUUACUACUUGAACUUUCCAAAACCUAGCGAGGAAGAGUGCAAUGCGUGCUGUACGUAUAAAGGUAACUAUCAAUAUUUAAGUUUGUUGCUGUCAAGAUUUUUUUUGUAACUUCAGAUAUAUAGAGAUAUUUUUGUACGUUAUAUAUUCUAUUAAGGGCAUUUUAAAGCAAUUAUAUUGUCCCCUUCCCCUAUUUUAAGACGUGAAUGUCUCAGCUGAGGUGUAAGGUUGUUUGGUUCAUGGUGUGUGUGCGUGUGUGUAAGAUGGAGAGCGCCUGACUACCGCCUGUGGAAGAAAGAAACAUCCUGUCUCUGUAUAAUCGAUUUACAUAAAAUAGAUGAUAUGCGAAAAUCAAAUCAAUAAACUGUCUCAAUGCUGA